AUGGACGAUAUAAUUACUCAAGUCUCUCCAGGCAAUGCUGAGCCCGCGCCCAUUUUACAAGAGCAGCACCAACAACAACAAAACUCGCAAUAUGAGGGUAAUGAGGAGGAUUAUGGUGAUUCUCUGAUUCACUUGAACAUUCAGGAAAACCAUUAUUUCAUCACCAGAGAUCAGCUAAUGUCCCUCCCUGAAUCCCUAUUACUAUGUUUAUUUCCCUCAGGUGUAUUUUUGGACCGUUGUGGUCAAGUCAUCACCAAUUUAACCAGAGACGAUGAAGUUUAUAUUGUUAAUUUCCCUCCCGAUUGUUUUGAGUACAUCAUGGAGAUCUAUACAAAGGCGCACGACGAUUUAUAUAAUCAUCCCGUGGAGAGGUUUUUCGAUAGACCAUCAAGUAGUUUUGUCUCUAAUGCAAAAGGGUUUUUCGGACUAAACAAUAACAGUUCAAUCUCAGGCAACAAUGAACAAGACAUUUUACAUCAAAAGCCUGCUAUUAUCGUUUUGAGAGAAGAUUUGGACUACUAUUGCGUCCCUCAGGAACAAUUUCGCUUUGAUUCUACCAACGAAGAAAAUAAUGAGGACUUGUUGCGACAUUUUAUGGCUCAAGUGAAAAUGGCUGCUGGCAGUUAUUUGACUUCAAAGACAUCGAUUUUUCAAGGUUUGUAUUCUUCGAAUAGACUAAAGCAACAACAGCAACAAAAUCUAAUUGAGAAGGAAACAGACUCUACUUCAAAGGCAAAAUCCAUUUCUAAAAAACUGGGGCCCGCCGAACAGCAUCUGAUGGAUAUGCUAUGCUCUUCCGGGUUCACAAAGGAAACUUGCUGGGGCAACAGAACUCAAGAAACUGGUAAAACAGUCAUAAGUUCAUUAUCUCUUUGCCGGUUGGCCAAUGAGACCACCGAAGAGUUUAGGAAGAAAUUCAACGGGGCAAGGGCCAAGUGGGAAGCCGAGCAUAAACCCUUUCAAGACAACCCCAUCACCCCAAUGCAAUCAAACGUCUCAGUCAACUCUUUAUCUGUAAGUAAAUCUAACAGUACCCUUUCCACGGCUAGAAAUACUACCAGUGGAGGUUCCUUACCUUCUGCUGGACGCGAUAAGAGAAAAUCAAGACUUUCGAAACUAGCCGAUAACGUUCGUUCUCAUUCCUCAUCAAGACAUAGUUCGCAAACAAGAAACAAGCUGCAAGAAUUGCCCAAAUUGUACGACCUCGUACCCAAGCCCAAUAUCAACGCUAAGCUGCUACUCUUUUGGAGAAAACCAGCUCGUAAAUGUUGGUGGGGUGAAGAGGAUAUCGAAUUAGAAGUGGAGGUUUUUGGCUCUUGGAAGGAUGAAGCAAACAGAGUUAUCGAACUGGUAUUGCCAACGAACGCGGACCCCGAAGCAGAACUAAAUAAGAUCACUGUACCCGUCCGAUUACACAUCCGUAGAGUAUGGACUUUAGAGCUGAGUGUUAUUGGCGUACAAUGA